UAGGGGUCAUUAUCCCCAAGUUAUGGACAACAAGAGGGAUACUCAGGUUCCUGUAACGCAACGGUCAACUACAACUUGUCAGAUAUUCUGUCAAAAUAAGACCCAGUGAGACCACUGAGAUAUCUCGCAAGAUGGUCAAAUCAACGCAGAUCGCAAGGCUUGACGGCCUCAUGCUGGCCGCGUCGGUUGAUGAUGAACAGGCAGAAGUGGAACUUUCCGAAAUCAAAUCUCAGGCGAAGAUGAUAUUCCGUCGAUUAAGUCGCAGCUCAGCACCCCAAGCUAGUAUCGAGUCCGGUCAAUAUAAUCUUCACUACCUCGUCAAAGACGAUCUCUGUUUUCUAUGCAUUUGCGAUCGUUCAUACCCGCGCAAACUUGCCUUCACCUAUCUCGCCGAUGUCGCAUCGGAAUUUACCACUACCUACUCGCCUGCACAGUAUCACUCGCCUAACCUGCGACCAUACGCUUUCGUAGAGUUUGACACCUUUAUCCAACGCACCAAGAAGCUUUAUCAAGACAGCCGCGCAUCACAAAACCUUGACAAGUUGAACGACGAGCUCCGCGAUGUCACGAAGGUGAUGACCAAGAAUAUUGAGGAUCUGUUGUACCGAGGAGACAGCUUGGAACGGAUGGGUGAAUUGUCGGGCCGUCUGCGAGAAGACAGUAAGAAGUAUAGGAAAGCCGCAGUACGCAUCAACUGGGAGUUGUUGGUGAAACAGUAUGGACCAUUUGCGGGAGUCGGAUUUAUCAUGCUCGUCCUCAUCUGGUGGCGAUUCUUCUAA